GCUCAGCCUAACAACUCUGUGCAUCGAGAAUCGGCACAACAUGGCUGGCGGGCACGGUGAUCAUAAUCCUCUUAGAGUGGAUCCCGCUAUCGAGCGAUGGGCACAUAUGAGAGAACAUGUGUACGAAAACUUUAAAUUCACUCGUCGCAACACUCGAUUCCUGACAGUCUGGGGUCUGGUCAUCCCUGGAUUGCUCAUCUGGGGCAGUCUAUCUUUCUACGACCGCUACGAUAUCAGAGGCCUCACAGCAGGAGACAACCCCUUGAAGCAUCCGCCAUCAACACAACAGAAAUCGACAUCAGACAAGGAAUAGGGCCUGCCUGAACAGGGGCAGAAGGAAAUUGUAUAAGUAUUGAUUGAUUGAUUCCCUGGCAUGGAUACAUAUGACAGAUCACCA